CCCCGAACUGCGGCGGCGGUGGUGGCGGCGGCGGUGGCGAGCGCGUCCCGGCAGAGCUGCAGCAGCAGCUGAGGGCACCGGAGUGCCAAGCCCAGGACGCCCCGGCCGAGGCCCCCGGAAGAGUGAUGGCCAGAAGCAGCGCUUCCCUCAGGCAUUAGACCUGUUCCUGGUGGACUCAGCUCCUUCCCUCCCUGCCUCAUCUUACCCUAAGAACACAGAUCUGUUUGAGAUGAUUGAAAAGAUGCAGGGCAGCAGGAUGGAUGAACAGCGAUGCUCCUUCCCACCACCUCUCAAAACGGAGGAGGACUACAUUCCCUACCCAAGUGUCCAUGAGGUUCUGGGGCGAGAAGGGCCCUUCCCCCUCAUCCUCCUGCCCCAGUUUGGGGGCUACUGGAUUGAAGGCACCAAUCAUGAAAUCACCAGCAUCCCUGAGACAGAGCCUCUGCAGUCUCCCACCACCAAGGUCAAACUGGAGUGCAACCCCACAGCACGCAUCUACCGGAAGCACUUUCUGGGCAAGGAGCACUUCAAUUACUAUUCUCUGGACACUGCUCUUGGCCACCUGGUCUUCUCUCUCAAGUACGACGUCAUCGGGGAUCAAGAGCACCUGCGGCUACUGCUUAGGACCAAGUGUCGGACCUACCAUGACGUCAUUCCCAUCUCCUGCCUCACUGAGUUCCCCAAUGUGGUCCAGAUGGCAAAGUUGGUAUGUGAAGAUGUCAACGUGGAUCGAUUUUACCCUGUGCUCUACCCCAAGGCCUCCAGGCUCAUCGUCACCUUUGAUGAACACGUUAUCAGCAAUAACUUCAAGUUCGGAGUCAUUUAUCAGAAGCUGGGGCAGACGUCUGAAGAGGAACUCUUCAGCACCAAUGAGGAAAGCCCCGCCUUCGUGGAGUUCCUUGAGUUUCUGGGCCAGAAAGUCAAAUUGCAGGACUUCAAGGGGUUCCGAGGAGGCCUGGACGUGACUCACGGGCAGACCGGGACCGAGUCCGUGUACUGCAACUUCCGCAACAAGGAGAUCAUGUUUCACGUGUCCACCAAGCUGCCAUACACAGAAGGGGACGCCCAGCAGUUGCAGCGGAAGCGGCAUAUUGGAAACGACAUCGUCGCCGUGGUCUUCCAGGAUGAGAACACACCCUUCGUGCCGGACAUGAUUGCAUCCAACUUUCUGCACGCCUACGUAGUGGUGCAGGCAGAGGGGGGCGGCCCCGAUGGUCCCCUCUACAAGGUCUCUGUCACCGCAAGAGAUGACGUGCCCUUCUUUGGCCCCCCCCUCCCGGACCCUGCUGUGUUCAGGAAGGGGCCUGAGUUCCAGGAAUUUCUGCUGACGAAGUUGAUCAACGCUGAGUAUGCUUGCUAUAAAGCAGAGAAGUUUGCCAAACUGGAGGAGCGGACGCGUGUUGCCCUUCUGGAGACACUCUAUGAGGAACUCCACAUCCACAGCCAGUCCAUGAUGGGCCUGGGUGGCGACGAUGAUAAGAUGGAGAACGGAAGCGGUGGCGGCGGCUUCUUCGAGUCUUUCAAGAGGGUCAUCCGGAGCCGGAGCCAGUCCAUGGAUGCCAUGGGACUGAGCAACAAGAAGCCCAACACCGUGUCUACGAGCCACAGUGGGAGCUUCACCCCCAACAACCCUGACCUGGCCAAGGCAGCUGGAAUAUCAUUGCUUAUUCCCGGGAAAAGCGCGAGUAGAUUCGGACGCCGGGGCAGCGCCUUAGGCAUAGGAGCUGUGGAAGAGUCCCUGAUUGUCCCUGGGAAGAGCCCCACAAGGAAGAAGUCUGGUCCAUUUGGCUCCCGCCGCAGCAGCGCCAUUGGCAUCGAGAACAUACAGGAGGUGCAGGAGAAGAGGGAGAGCCCUCCAGCUGGUCAGAAGACCCCAGACAGCGGGCAUGUCUCACAGGAGCCCAAGUCAGAGAACUCUUCCACUCAGAGCUCCCCGGAGAUGCCCACAACUAAGAACAGAGUGGAGUCGGCUGCCCAGAGAGCGGAAGCGCUGCAAGGCUUUUCCAGAUCCUCAUCCAGUGCCAGCAGCUUCGCCAGCGUGGUGGAGGAGACGGAAGGUGUGGACGGCGAUGACACAGGCCUGCACAUGGCUGGACGACAGUGUGAGCACCGCGAGCGGGGGCAGCUCUCCAGUGAGGUGGCUCCCUCCUGCCCCCUUUCCCAGGCCUCACACGAUCACCCCACCCAGACGCCGGCAAGUCGGGGGACCCUGCGUGUCCCGAGAUCAAGAUCCAACUGGAAACAUCUGAGCAGCACACACCCCAGAUGGGCUGCUAGCUGCCACCUCAUCAGAAGGCGGGACUGAGCAGAUGAGGCCUCAGAAGCACAAGGAGAAGAUGCUGCACCACAUCCAGGCAGCUGGUCCUCUGCCCCACAGCCACCCCAGCCCCUGGUACUCCUGCCUCCAACCCCCCUGGCCCACCCAUCUGGGCUGUCUCCGCAGGGCGGAGCCAUCCAGAGCUGGGAGUGGAUGCUGCCGGCAUCACCCCACCCCCCACCCCAGACUGGGGCUCUGGGUGUGGGCAGGGACUUUGGCCCUGGAUUGCCCCUACCUGGGCCUCGUCCCCUGGAUUCCCUUGUGGAGUCCUGGGGAGCAGAGUAGGAGGAGAGGGAACAUGGCGAGCACACACUCCACCGUAGAAGCAGCAGGUGUGCAGAGUGUUCAGAGGGAGCACUGAGCAGGGAGUCCUGUGGGGCUUCUGCUGUGGGACCUUGGGCAAGGCACUCUCCUUCCCGGGGCAUCUCUGCUGCAAGUGGACAAGACUAUUUUAGAGGUCACUGAAGACCCAUUUCAUGCACCCGCCCUGAAGGGGGCCAUUAGUCCUCCUGGGGACCUCCUAUUAUACCAACUGCUUCCUGAGGCCCCAGGUGGGCUAAAGGGCUGGGGCUGUUGUACCUGUCACCUUUCCUGAGCCCCCAGCUUUACCACAGACCUGCCAACGUCCUGUCACUGCCUCCACACGAUGGCCAAGUGUCCCCUGUUGGGAAGAGGGUCCUCCCUGGCUCCUCAUCCAGCACCCAGCUUAACCCUGCCACCCCACGCUCCUGGGCGUUCUGGGCUGAGGGGUCUCAGCUGGUCUGGAGUGCAGGCCAUCCCCUUCCCACCACUGCAGUGGCAGGGGCUGCCAGGCAUAGCUGCUGUGAGCCACGUCUGUGUGUGUGUAUCCGUUCACUAUUAGGAGCCAUGCCCCAACACCCACUUUGGAAGCCCUGUGGCUACAUGUAUGUCGGUAAGGGUUGUACAAAAUAAAUUCUAUUUAUCGCUAUUGUA